CUUCUGCUUCGGAGAGAAAUAUGGUGGCCCAUGUUUACGAUGCAAAAAGGUAACCAAGGGAAAAGUUGUGAAAUAUGUAGCGAAAUUAUCAAAGACAAAAAAUCCUACAGACAGGUGAAAUCAAAUGUAGAUUUUUAUCAGUUAUUUUUAGAACUGAACUUGGAAGAAGACGGUUACGUUUGCAAGUUUUGUGUUAACAAGUUAAAUAGACUUGUCAGAAUUGACGACGACAUUAAAACGAAAGUAGCGAAGUUGACCGAGAAACGGAAUGAGUUGUUGGCAGAAUUAAAAAAUGCUGUCGGUAGCAAUGUACUUACACCUGUCAUUAAAAAACGGGGACGACAAAAAAACACACCAACACCCCGUAAACUAAAGGUCCGACGCUUGUUGUCAUUCCCAAAUUCUCCUGGAGCUAGUGACGUGCGUGACCCAGCUGAUUCCAUAAAGCCAUUGAGAGAUGAAUCAGCAGGAGAGAGAUCUCAGCAAGCUGCAGAUGUAUUGGAUGAACAAAUUCAGCCCUUAGUUGUAGACAGUGUACAACCUGAUUCACAAACUAAGUUAUACCAUGAAAAGGACUUUGAUGUCAAGAUCACAGUAAAGUAUGGAAGCAAAUAUAGGUCUUCAGUUGUUCAUGAUCCCAUCAAACAAGCGAUAUGCAGAGCUAUGUUCAACAACAGUAAAACUUUUGUACAUCACUUGAUGAAGACAGACCAGUACAAGAAAAUUGUAGUUCAAGUCAUUUGUAAGGAGAUACGCAAGGAAAUCAGCGAAAUUUGCAGAAAAGAAGGUAAUCAGCUGCAUUACAACACCGAAAUUAAGGACUGGAAAAGUCUCCUGCAAUAUUUCAACCAGCGAGCUCCUAUUACUGCAUCAUUGUUAAAAAGUGUUAUAUCAAAGGAUGUUAAAGAGAGUGAAAUUGAAGGGCAUAAACUGAUAAGCCUCUGCACUGGGUUUUCAGUUUUGUUGUACAGCAGAAACAACACCCUAUCAAGACUGCAGUACAAUAUUGGACUGAUAUUGGAUCAAUGUGGUGCCACCAAAGAGGCAAUAUCAGUGUUACAUGACCUGGGGAUAUCUGUGUCUCCAAGUGCUUUACACAGAAAGAAGAGAAACAUUGUAAGACAACAAGAAGAGAUUGUUCAAGAAACAGUUGGCAAGUAUGUUUCUGAGAGGCGAGAUGCCAUGACUGCAACCAAACUCAUUAGGGAGUAUGAAGAUCAAAUGAGUGAAAUGAAUGUAUUGUUCAAACCUAAAACUCAGCCAGUUUUGUUUGAAAAAUUUGACAUGCCCAGGACCCCUAGAGUGUUGUCAAAUGGAUGUGGGGUGCAGUUAGAUACUUUAACAACUCGUGAGCUUUGGGAUUGUUCUAAAAGAUCAACAUCCAAUACCAGUGCAGACAGUGAAGUGACUUUUUCAAUGAAUUACCAUUCACAGAUGAGAGGUGUGACUCAGGAACCAGUCACUGUGCAGUUUAAUGCUAGUGCAAAUCAAAACUCCAACCCAGGGAUCAUUUACUCCUCAGGAAAUCAAGGAAAAGUGGUGUCUUUUUUGAAAGAGAAAAUUCGGAAAACUAAGGAAAAUCCAUCUCCACCCAUUGGAAUCUUAGGUGACAAUGUUGAUAUACUUGUUAGUCCAGCUAAUAUGACUUUAGAUAGACAAAGAAAAUCAUGGCAUUGGUUUCUUCUGCUUGCUACUCAGAAAAUAAUAACUGACAAGGAUCUUCCAACAGAUGAAUCCUUAGCUUAUGUAGAAACGAUUGACAGUUGUGAGUUUGUUCCAUCUGAAGAUGAAAUCGAAGAAUAUCAGAAAAAUACACAAUUCCAUGUGGCAAAAAUAUUAACAAAGUAUAUCGAGGAGCUGAGGCAAUUCGAGAGACUCCUUCCAAAUAACAUCCAGCACCCAUAUAUUGAAAAAACUUCCCAGAAGUCUGUGUUCAUUAACUGUGAUUUAAUUGAUGAAAGUGAAAAUUCCUCUGAUGGAAUGAUUCGUAUACUGCAAAGAGUGCAUUCUUUAGCAGUGCCAUACAUCAAUGAAAACAUUGAAAAGGUAGUGCUGGGUGGUGAUGUUUUGACCAAUGAACGAGCUUUGAGUGCACAACAAGCCAUGAGAAACAAUGAGACCUGCGAUGAAAAGUUACUUGGUGUAAUACAUAGACCUGAAGGAUUACACAGGCAGAUGAAUUUUCUGAUGGUGACGUUUCACCAUUGGAAUUUACUGUUUUUGGUUUACUUCAUUCUACGGGCAUAUAUCAAGAGUUUUACAAAGAGGAAAGUAGUGGUGAUGGUGGCAGUCUAUAUCAGCUUCGUAACUUAAUCAACAGAAGAAAUUUAUCAGGAGCUGAACAAGUGACCAAAGACUUAAGGUCACACAUGACAUACAUCAUGGAUGUAAUGAGUGGAUAUGUGGUUGCAGCAUUUAUGAGUUUACACAACAUGAAUGAUUUAGACGACAAACCAGCAAACCUCCCACUAUUUUCUCUCAUGAAUGAAAAUCAAAAGAAGGACUGGCUAUAUGAUCAAGCUGAAAUUGUGAUGGAUAGUUUAGGAAUCAAGGAUACAAGCUACAUAGAAGUGCUGCGUGACAAUGUUAAGCAUUUAGAUAUAGACUGUCAAAAAGUUGGUGAAAUGAAAGACGUGAAUGGGUUUAAGUGUGCACUAUGUGAGAAACACUAUCUAACUGAGGGUCACUUUAGGAAUCAUCUCAAGAAGAAGCAUCGGUGGCAGUUUCAUGAGUGCGUACCACCAAAAAGCUCUGACAGUGUUGUUUCUAGUUUCAUGAGGAUGGCCCUAUUGCUUCAUGACACUUGUGAUGCAUAUCGAAUGGGGGAUGGUGAACGUUGCUUUCGUAAUGCAAAAUUUGAAUGGCUCUACGCAGGUGCGCUUGGGCAUACCCGUUAUAAAUUAGGGUUAUGGAGGUAUAUUGCAUACAUAGCUGCCAUUCUUAGCCCAAGAGAUAGUUUCGAGUACAAGUGGAACAUUUGUCAGAAUUUGAUGGGAGGAGUUGACCAAAAUGUACCUAAUGAUAAUUGUGUGGAACUCCAGAUCAAAAAAAUAAAAACUCAGCUCAAUACACAGGGCGCUAAUAAGUCAUUUAAUUCAGCCAAAGUGGUGACAAUGUCUACGCAAGUAAUUGAUACGAUGAAGCAAAUAAUACAGUGAAGGCUGGAAGGAAGAGACCAGAGAUUGACAAAUCCAGGGACAUCAGCCGAAUUGCAGAGUGUGUGCUAAAAGAUGGACAUCGUGUUGUCACAGAUUGGCCAUCGCUCAGUCAAGCCAAAGAACCGCUUUCCAAACUUGAUCCAAAGGCUAUGCAACAGUGGAUGCAGUUUCAGAAGAGAAUUGCUUCCAAAUUACUACACUAGAACAUGGACAGUGAAAAUGUAGUCUAUGUAAUCAUAGUAGGUCUUUGUUAGGCCUCGCCUAAUGACAGGUGCCCUAUAGGUAUCAUUUUAUGUCAAUGAAGUUGUUUCUUUGAAAAGAAUUUCAUGAACUUUACACUUGAUUUCACAAAGGAAGGCCUGAUUUAUCAGAUUUGUCAUUGAAUACAUAGUUAUGGGAGUCGGAAUUUUUUUGUGAAAUCAGUAAGAUAAUGAUAGCAUCUUGUUUGAUAUGCCGUAUCUUUGAGACUAGAAUUUUUUUAGGGUGGAUGUACCAAUUCAACUACCAGACCAGAUACAUGUAGUUCAGAUGGUUAAUAUUCAUUGUAGGUCUCUUUCUCACUUGGCAGUUUUCUGUUAAAUAUGAGAAAGUAUUUAAGCUUGUUACAAUUAUCGGUAUCAAUGGCCAUUUUCACAAAAAAUCUUUGGAGUAAUAAAGUUUGACUCUGCCUUAAACUCAACUGUUUAAGAAUGCCAGUUUUAUUACCUAUGUAUAUAAUUAGGUUUGCCCUUUCAGAAAUAUACCAGUACGUAAAAGAUAUUAGAAUUAGUGUUUUAAUGUAUUCAAUGUAAAACGAAGGGAUAAUCAGCAAUUUUGAAGGAUUUAAAUCAAUUGAAAAUAAUAUCUAUUGUUAAAUAAUGAUGAAAUUGAAGUAGAAUAUAUUUUCAUGUCUGGUAAAUGAUUAGAAGCUAGUCUUUAUGCACUUCAGACUUCAAAGUUAUCUGCCCUUUGUAAAAAUUAGAAAAAUAGAAUUUUCUACAGAUAUGUGUGGUAAAUGAUUAAUUUUAUUUCAUGUUUUCAUAGAGAAAGUGUAUGAUUCAAUUUGUGCAAUCAUUCAAACAUACUGAACAUGCUGAAUGAAACUGAAAUCUUGAAAGCAA